AUGGUCAACAUUGCCUCCAGCCAAGUGCCUGGAAAUUUUAUGAAGGUAGAUAUGAGAAUGUACGAGCCUGGAUGCACGUUUGAUGGUGUGUUUGCGAUUCUCUCUCUCUUCCAGCUUUCGCCUGGCGAAAUAUACUCGAUGUGCUGCAGGUUUUCUGGAUGGCUGAAGCCCGAUGGGUAUUUGGUUAUUGGGGUGACCCCGAGUACAGACCUACCUCCGGGUGAGUACAUUUAUGAUUCCACAUGGGAUUGCACGCGACAAAUGGGGAAGCCAUGGAUGAACAGCUACACCGACGAGUUGUUUUUUUCCGAGGAGCGAUGGAAGGAAAUUCUCCGAAGCGUUGGGUUCGAGAUUGAGUCGGAUUCUCGCUAUUCUUUCACCCCAAAAGGCCUAGAGUUCAAUCACGCAGAGAUUCAUUAUCUUCAACUAGCAAGAAAGGUCGAAAGCCAGCCGCUUCUAGGCCCAUAUCCGCGGCCUACUAAAGCUGAACUGCCUCGAAUGUCCCGUGCCUAA